ACAACUUUGGCUACAGUUAGUCACCAGAAACAAACCCGUUUCGCCCCUCUCGGCCACCGUAUCUUCUAGAAAAAAAAGGAAAAGAUUACUCCAAGAUGGCGCUGCGCAGUGUCUGCAUCGGUGCCCUGCGAACUGGGACAGAUUUGGGGGUCAAUAAUGCCAGAACAUUUGUCUCGACAGCGUUCCUCUGCAGGCGGUCAACACAUUUGGGUCCACUGCCGAAUGACGAGUUUGACGCUCAAAACCUGGACUCGGUGGAGAGGUAUCGCAGCUACACUCGUUACCUGAAACAAGCCGAGGAGACGAAUAACCAACCUGCCUGGUGGAAGACCUACAGGAGCUACGUGGAAAGAAAAGACCCCGAGCACGGAGCAGAAAAAGUGGACAUUGGACUUCCGUACUAUCGACCCAGUAGGACCAAAGAGGCGAAGGAGAGGAAGCAGGUGAUGAAGGAGAACAAGAAGAACGUUGAGCUGGAGAGGGCUUGUCGUCUGCGCACAUUUAAGAUCCCCCUGGAUCGAGUGAAUGAGACCUGGGAGAAGAGCAGCGGCCCGUUUCAUGUAAAGAGGCUGGCCGACCACUACGGAGUCUUCAGGGAUCUCUUUCCCAUGGCAUAUUUCCUACCUCAAGUCCCACUCCGGAUCUUCUAUGGUCAGGACAACAGUGGUCAAGUGCAUUAUGGGAAUCAGCUGACACCAACAGAAGCAGCUUCUUUCCCUCAAAUCAGCUUUGAUGCAGAGGAGGGCUCCCUGUGGACCCUUCUGCUCACCUGUCCAGAUGAGCAUCUUCUGGAUAAUGAAACUGAAUAUGUCCAUUGGCUGGUAGGGAACAUACCGGACGGAGCUGUGCAGGCCGGGGACGAGUUGUGUCACUACCUGCCCCCGUUCCCCGCUAGAGGAACGGGCUUCCACCGCUACGUCUAUGUCCUCUUCAAGCAAGAGGGACCUGUUAACUUCCAGGAGGAUGUCAGGCCGUCGCCCUGCCAUUCUCUGGUGGAUCGUUCCUUUAAGACGAUGGAUUUCUACAGAAAGCACCAGGACAACAUGACACCUGCAGGCUUGGCUUUCUUCCAGUGUCAGUGGGACGAAUCCGUCACCGACACCUUCCACAAGACACUCGAUAUGAGGGAGCCAGUGUUUGAGUUCAUCCGGCCUCCAGUGUACCACCCUCCACAAGUCAAAUACCCUCAUCGACAGCCGCUACGCUACCUAGACAGAUACAGAGAUGGCAAGAAGCACAGCUAUGGAAUAUAUUGAUAUGAUUAAUACACAUUUCUUUGCAAAUGUAAAUGCUGGUGUAUUUAUGUAAAAAAAAUAAAGUUU